UAGUCUGUUCCCUCCGCCGCCGCCGAGCCAGUCCAUUCCCCUUCUUCCCACUCCCACUCCUCCCACUUCUUCUUCCGCCAUCUAUCUUGCCGGAGGGCACUUCGUCUCCGUCUCCCUCUCGUGUUUGUCCAUGAAUCCGGUUCCGACUGCAACCUGAUUCUUGGACCUCACCCCUCCUCUCAUCUCAAUAAAUACCAAUAGCACUCCUCCCUAGGAGUACGCCUGUGUGAGAUACCACAAGAUCCACCAUGUCGCUCAAAUCCUAUCACGAAGAAUCACUGCGUCCUCCGGCCACGGAAGAUGCGGCGGCGGCGGCGACGACGACUAAGUGGGACUGGGCGGAAGUCCUCCUCGACCACGUCGCUUACAUGGUCGACAAGAAAAACCAUACUUCCGCCCCCCUUCGCUUCAAGAGGAACCUCGACGGCAAGGAGGUGGAUGUGCAGGUCACCUUCUGCUUCGCCAAGCCGCCUCGCGUCUCCCAUUUCUGCUGCCACGCCUACUUCACCGACGACCACGGAGAAGAAGACACCUGCUUGUUCUUCCGCGAGCCUUUCGUGUUCGCCACGGACGGUAACCUUGCCCUCAUCACCCUCUGCAUCGGGCUCGGCCGUCCCUCCCCCUUCGAUACCAAGAAGUGCAAAUACGAAUACCUCGUCUACCAGGCGGCAUCCUCACCAGAGGGGAAGCCGGGACUCACCCGGAUCCCGAAAUUCCCUGCCCACAUGUUGCCGACAACGGGAUCCGACUGCAUCCCUUCCCGUGCGAUUGGUCUCGUGCGUUACCGCAGCAACAUUUCCACCCAUGCUCACCCCCACAAAGCCCCCUUCACGCCCCCGGCUCCCAUCCUCAGCCCUGCCGUCGCUCUUGCCCGCCCCCAAAGUUUCCCCUUUACGCCCCCCACCUCCAUCCUCAGCCCCUCCGUCACCGCCUAUUCAGACGCCCUGGCCAAGGGUGAUGCUUGCGAUGCCUACAGAAUCGCAGCUCUUGCCUACGACUACUUCCAUGAUUCUAGCAAUAGCCCAUAUGGUCCAUACUACAUAUGCACCUAUGACUCCAAGGCCGAGGAUUGGAUCCGCAAGCCAGCUGCUAUUCCACAGCCGCCGCUACCAUCCGACUACAUCUGUGACAUCGACAUGGUCAUCACCAUCGGUGGCUCCAGCCGUGGCAUCAUGGGCUGGGUCGACCUCUGGAAUGGCAUGCUCCUCUCUGACGUGCUCGCAGACCACAAACCCUGCAGACCACUCCGCUAUGUCACCCUUCCAAAGCCGACGCAGCCGCAAAAUUGGCUGCCUCUUGCCGUUGACAUUGGAUGCAACUGUCGGGACAUUGUCCUUGUCAAAGAGACUGGCAUCAUCAGGUUCGUCGACCUACAGGUCCACGCCGACCCCAGCAUCCCUUGCUCACAAACCCCUUGUGGCUGGACGGUGCUCACAUGGACCUUGGAGGGGUUCCACGAGGGUUUGGAUUUGGAAACCCUGGGUGAUUUGCAUUUCCAGCCGGAGCUCGAACUCCAUUCUAGUGAUAUCUCUGGCUACAAGUUGCCCCAGUCUCUCUUUGUUUCCAACCCCAUUCUCAGCUCCAACACAGAUGGCGUCUUGUACCUCAGGACAAAUGCGAGCAGUGCAACUAACAGGAACUCGCAAGUGAUUGCUGUUGACAUCAAACAUAAGAUGCUGCUGGAUGUGAAGGAAUUUGAUAUGCAAAGACCAAACAACUACAUGCGCACUAGCAUCUCCAGCUAUCUAAAGCCCCCAGUUUCAAACAAGAGUAUGAAACGAAGAGCGCCACAGUAGUCUAUGGGAUCCUCUCACAAGAAGCCGCAGCAGCAGCCUGCCAUCACUAACCCAGCUGAAGGAGGAGAGGUUGAUGUCGGGGAUGCCAUGGACUCACAGUAGGUGGUUUGUUUUAGUGCCUUCGAGGCCCAUACCGGCAUUAUGGUUUCUUGGCUUCCCACCACCUGAUAGCAUGUAUAUGUGCGCCUGUGCUUGUGCUUGCUUGAUUAAUUAGUCAGAAUCAGAAUUUUAUGUAAGGUUAUUAUAUAAGACUAAGUAAGCCUGUAUGAUGGAGGUUGAGGCUAGGAGACGUUAGAGCUUCCUUCCGGUGCCUGUUUGCUAUUAUGUUCUGGUACAACCUGAUGCCCAUGGUUUGUAAUCCCCUACUCGGGUUGUCCUGGAGUAGUUGACUUUCUAUUAUUUUCUGGAGGUGUUGUUGACUUUCUAUCA